GCUGAUUCACACAUUUCACCCAACACCCAAGGACGUCGCAGUUCGUUGCUCUGCAGUUCACCACAUCGAUUUUCGCGAUUAUCAGUUCACAAGACGAAGGAAGAGUCUCAGAAAAACCUUAUCGCAGAUCUUCUUGACUGACAACAUUUUUGAUCUGUGUUGAUGUGGAUUUUAUGGUUACUGGAAAGAAGUCCAAGAAGACCAUUGUGUGGGGGAUUGAAAAGCGGAAGUGAACGCCUUUACUAGAACGAAACCAACUGAAAUGGCGACCAUAGACCGCUCCCUCGUGUUGUGCUUUUUACUUGUUUUUUGUGUGGGUUGUGCAUACUGUGAAACUGUAUAUGUUGCAACUGGAAAAAAUCACACUUUUAAGCCAGAAAUACCAGGAUCUAUUGAACUGGGGAGCUGGAAACACACAGGCAAUUUGGUGGUUGACUGGGAAGCUAAAUCUGACCCUAACUUUUAUCCUAAGUACAAAGGACGAGCAAGUGUUAACACUGACAAUGGAGAACUCACACUUCAGGUGAAGAAGGAAGACAGUGGUGUAUUUAAGGCCGAAAUCCAGAUCCAAGGAACUCUGAAGUAUUUUCAAAGUACACUUGAAGUGAUGGAUCCGGUUCCUGCGCCAAAGGUGACUUGCACACAGGUUGGCGAAAAUGUAACACUUCAGUGUUCAGUUGACCCUCCAGCGAAGGCAGAAUUUAAGUGGACCGGACCAAAUAGUAUCUCUUAUGUUGGGAAUAGUGUUCAUAUCCCCGGAAAACCUAAUGAGGGGUCAAUCUAUUUCUGCAUUGCAAAAAAUCAAGUGAAUGAAAAUGUAACGGAGUUCAAACUUAAGGACUGUCACUAUAAAGAAACUGAACAAAAUGGUAAUGCUGGUGUUAUUGUCGGCUCAAUUUUUGGAGUUCUUGGAGUUAUAGCUGCAGCUUUAGGCGGAUUCUUCCUUUAUAAACACAACAAGGGGCCUCAUGACCUUAUCCCUGGCAAAUAAUAAAGUCCACCUGAGCUCAAAAAAGGUCAAGAGCCCGAAACAAAAGGUGAGGAAGGAACUCCUCUAGAGGAAAGUAGAACUUCAAAGAGUCUUGAUAAAGACUCUGCGGCACAAAACAAUGGAAAAGAGGUUUCGUAAUUGGAAAAAAGAAACUGUAGUCAAAGGAGGAGCUGCGAAGAAGAAUCAACUAAACAGAGUUAAACAUGGUACACCUUUACCCCCUGCAAAAAGUGCAAGAAAUUAUUCAUCAAAAACAAUGUUACAAUGAAAACAAUGUUUUCUUUAGGAUUGAAGGCCAAAUGAGUAGAAUCCUAAUAAUUAAGGUUUUAAAAUCCAGACAUAGCACUUUUAAAAGCACCUUUAGUGUAUGUAUUUUAUGUGUUUUCUAAAUUUUAUUCUUCUUUGUAUUUUUUGUCCUUCAGUGCCCCAUGUGUUUUGGCUUUUGCUUGGGUGUCUUCAUUUUUAUUUAAAAACUCAAUAUAGUCAAAUGUUUUUAUAUCUUAACACACAUUGACGUAUUACCUGGAUUAAAUUUAAGAUUCUUUUUUGUUCAGAUUGAAAAAAUGUUAGUCCAUCUUUGGGGAUGACUAUGUAGGCAGAUGACUGUCAUGCAGAUACUGCUAUGAAGUGUGUUUUAAAGAAGGCAGAAGCAGUAAGUGAUGCAGACAUUGUAGGAAAUGUGGAGGAGACCUAAAUGUGGAUGAAGACUGAACAUUAUCUUGGAAAUCUUUUUCUGUCUCAGUUAACAAAUGUUUGCUUUAUUCAAAUGUUUGAAAUGGCUGCAGUGUAGAGUAUUUAUGAGCAGCUUUUCUUUCUUUUUUUUUUUUUUU